UCCUGGUUUUUCGCUCGCCGUCGAAAUUCCUCGGCGAUAUCCGUCUUUAUAUCAACUGGUGGUCGGUGCCGCACGAAUCGAUCCUCGUUUCGCGGUGGGACCAUCCGUCCGAAAUAUAGUUUUCACCUCGGUGAGCUCGUUUCGUCGUACGCGACCAGAUCAUCCGAUAGUAGGACAAAGACCAAAGGACAGAGAGUGUGAUCGAGCUGUGAGGUAGUUGACCCGUACCGAGGUUUCCGCGCGCAACAAUCGUAUCCCUCGACUUUUGAGAUUGGGAUUUGCGUAAUCAGCACAGCUGCGUUUACCACUGCGAUAAUUGAGUUGCGAGGCUCAUACAUCCACACAGGUCGGUGCAACGCUUUUUUAACAAAUAUUUUCCAUCUCCUCUGCAUGGACGUUACUCCCAAUUCGAGUGACCGUGCCUUGCCCGUGAUUCUAAAGCUUUAGCUCCUGAUAUGGGGCAACCGCUGCCAUAGAGGUGAUCUAAUCUCAUCAGCUGACUCGAGAGAUUGGGGAUAGAGCACUCGAUCUUGGUACAUUCGGACUGGUGUAUACGAAGGAAUCGACUGGAUCAAUUUCUGGAGAGUCCUGUGGUAUAUUUCGAGCCAUGACGAAGCUUUCCUAGCAUCAUCGACGCUAUUUCGAGUUGGUAUAUCGAGUCUUGCAGUUUUUAGUCGAGUAAACUAGAGUUUCGGAUACGAGGGGAUGGUGAUAUCCAACAGCCAUCGGUUUACAAAAUGGCUGACCUGCGUGAACAAGAGGAUGACCUAACAAGAGGAAGGCCUGCACGAAACAGUGGGAUUGUAAAGGAGCACGGCGCAAGAGGCCACCAACGAGGAGUCUUCAACGAGAUACAUCGCUAUAAAAUAGCCUAAUAGAAUUGAACAGAUGCGAGCUGUGAUCUUCCAGCGUACACGGAAAAAAUCGCAUGUGCGCAGAUUAUGCAUGCGGCAACAACGAAUUUUCCAUAAUUUCGAGCGAAUUCGAUAGAAUCGCGAAUGCAUUCUCGAUCAUUUCGUGACCAUCGUCUCGUUCGAUUAUUUUUCAUUCGAUGUCUUCCCGCGAGACAGAUCUUACGCGACGUUCUUUUCUUCGAAUACACGGCUGAACGACUUGGCUUACGACUAGAAACAGUCGACGAGAAAAAAAGCAAGAAAUUUGCAACGGUUAGCAAGUUGUCGCGGAGCGCUACCCGAUAACAGAAGAGCCGUUAGAGAUUCACUUCUCUCGCAGCGAUCCAGGAGGAGGAUCUCGAAAUUUGUAAGAAUCUCGGAAGGAACGUUCGGUGGUUUUCGUGAAACGGGCAAACGUGCGCGACGGAUCGUGUUCGUGCAUUCCAGCGUCGCGCUUUUAAUAAUAGAUGAAAAACGUGGGCGUUUGGGCCGAAAAAAGAACGAAGACAAAGCGUCAAGGGUCGAGCGUCGGAUGUAUGCAAGACUUGGAGACUGGAGUGCGCGGAGUGCGAAUCGCGGGGAAAGAAUGCAGCUUAGCUCGUCGCUCGUUCAUUGUUAUACGCGAUUCUAGAAAUGUUUGCGAACGAAUCGAUAAGAAUCGGAAUUUGAAUGCCAUUGGGCUCGCCAGGUUUCUGCGUCGGCGUCGGCGUCGACGUCGACGUCGACGUCAGCAUCGCUGUCAAUUGGGCAAUUAAGAGACAAACGGAGAUUGAAAGGAAAGUGUACGCGACACGGAAUAGAGGAACCUCGAGACGCGGGAGCAAAGUCAGUUGGAGAGACGCGGCGAGGGAGAAGAGAAUUCAUGAGAGAGGACCGUCUCGAGGGAAAGAAAGGUGUUCGGAGAUCAGCUGAACGUCGAAAGUAACGAGCGCGAAUAAGUACUCGUCGAUGGAAUCCCGGAGAACCGUGAAAUGGGAGUGUCGAGAGUAAUCGUGGACCAAGAAUCAUUCAGAAAUGACGACGUUCGCGCAAAAGAGCCUCUUGGGUUUGACGAUACUGACCACCGUUGCUUUGCUAGCUUUGCUGGCUUCGAAAAGAUUCGGUCCCGAACCGCGAAAAAGAGAUGGGAUCUUGCUCGAGAUGCUUAACAACGUUAGCACCGAGUUGGACAGACUCGACUCGGGUUACGACGGUAUAACCACGCAGAUGGAUGUUGCGAAAGUUCGUUUGGCGCAGUUGAUCACUUUGCAUCGCGAGAAUCUUCUGGUAUGCGCGAUACUCCGGGAGAGGCGAAACAAAUCCAUCUCGGGAAGAAUAUCGGAAACCGACGGGACGAGAUCGCGCGGUGGCUUCCAGUGAACCGCUCGAUCCUCUUCAGCGUCCGAAGGAUCCAUCGGCCACGUCGGUUCCUCUUCCUUUCCUUCCCUUGUUGUCUCUUCGGGCAUCGAUUCUCCUCGCGUCGAUUACCAUUGAGUCGAGUAUAAAUUGCCCUACCGCGUGAAUCCAUGUAUACAUGUUUGCGAAAUCCAUGCAUAAUGGAGUUGGCAGCUUGGCGGAGGAAAAUCACGCGUCGUUUCGUGCGGUCGCGUCAAUUAGAAACGCUUGGCACGUUCUCGUGACGACGUGACGUUAUCGCUCUUCCAGUGUUUGCAAUUUUGCAUUAUUCGUGGGAUCUGCCUCUUAUCGCGGGGAUCACUCCUCCUUUAUUAUUGCAUUCUUUGAGUCGACACGGUCGAACAUUUGGUCGAAUGGUGCUGCUCCAGAGUAAUAUUUUAUUAUAUUAAAACGUGGGAGAUGCCUGUGGAAUAAAAGAAAAAAAAAGGGACGUUGACUUUUCUUGGUAGUAAGUAUACGCGUAAAUAAAUGUUGUUGACCCUCGCAGAGGUCAUUCAUGAAUCAAUGCAAAAUAAUGUUCUACGGUUUUCCAAUAAUUCGGCUGUGUAAGGUAUGCGAGACCUCACCAAGGUGUGAUAAAUAUUCGCUAAGAGGGACCCAAUUUUAAUUACCAAGAAAAGUUAAUGUCUUUCAACGUUUUAUAUAUUUUGCAAAUAAUAAAGUAAUGUAACUUGUUUGAUAUUGUUUACACUAGCCUGUUGUAUCAUUUAAAAUUCUAUUAACGGUACUGGCUGUGUUAACUUAUAUUUUUCACGGAUAUAACGAUUAGAUAUAUUUAGGUAUCGAUGUUAAUAGCAACGUAAGAAAUGCACGGAAGCACGAUAAGGAAAUUGAAGUAGAUUUAUUUAUGUAUACGUUUCUAAGCGAAAGAUGUAUUCGCUUGAAUUACCGAGAGAGAUCAAUAUUUUCUAACAUUUUGUGUCUUUUACGAUAGAUACUAAAUAAAAUAAUUUACUUGAUAUAAUUUACCAUACGCUGUCGUAUCAUUUAUAAUUCUAUUAACGCUACUGGCUGUGUUGAUUUAUAUUUUUUACGGAUAUAAUAAUUAGAUUUCGGCAGCGAUGUUAAUAGAGUUGUAAGAAAUGCACAGAAGCACGAUAAGGAAACUUUAGAUAACAGAUUCCCCUUUAUCUCUUCAACUACCAUCACUGCCUUAGUUCUGUAACGUGCCAACCGUGGCGCUGGGAAUUCAUUUAGCAAAAUAUCCGCGCAGUAGAAAAAAAAAGUCAUUAUCGUUAGGCCGCAAAGUAGCUUUAAUACUAACCAAGAGUACUCUAUGGUUAGGCAAUCGAGAUACUACAACUUUCCCGCUUUCCCUUUCUCUUUCUUCUCAUUCCCAACGCAUCGGUCUUACUGUUUUCUACUCUGACCGUCACUUGAUACCAUCGAGGUCGUCCAUCGUUCAGCACCGACCAGAAGAAUGUCAGGAAAGACAGGUUGCUCUAGCUGCGGCGGCCCUGGUUACAGAUCGCCCAAAGCGGCGAUGACGGAAGGCCCACGCGAAAAGCUAAUGUACGUCGUCUGCAUUCAUACGGAUCCAAACAAAUCGGAUGUUUUGUCCACCGUCGAUGUGGAUCCUGCUAGUCCUACUUACUGCAAGAUCAUUCACAAACUGCGCAUGCCUCACGUCGGCGACGAACUGCAUCAUUCCGGAUGGAACAUUUGCAGCAGCUGUUACGACAAACCGCGAAAGCGCGAUACUUUGGUGCUUCCAUGCCUGAUGUCGGAUCGUGUCUACUUUAUUGACACGACCAACGAACGGACGCCAUCCAUCAAAAAGGUAUUGUCGCCAGCAGAGGUGAAUCAGUACGGAGUAUCAACGUUGCACACCAGUCAUUGCGCGCCAACCGGAGAAAUCAUGAUUUCCACGUUGGGCAAGCUGAACGGCGACGGAGACGGCAAUUUUCUUUGCAUCGAUUCUGAAACACUCGACGUGAAAGGCACGUGGGUGAUGGGAGAGAAAAAGGCAGCCUUUGGAUACGAUUUUUGGUAUCAACCGUACCACGACGUGCUCAUCGCUACCGAAUGGGGUGCACCUAGGGUUUUCAAAAAAGGCUACGUGCCAGGUGCCAGCUCCGAUCCUGCGGUGUACGGCAGGAGUUUGAAUUUCUACUCAUGGAGCGAAAGAAAGUUGAAACAAACGAUAAACCUGGGCGAAGAUGGGAUCGCGCCUCUCGAAGUAAGGUUCCUUCACGAUCCAAAAUCCAGCGAAGGACUCGUGGGAUGCGCGGUCACGUCGAACGUGUAUAGAUUUUACAAAACACCAGAAGGAGGGUGGUGCUCUGAAAAGGUCAUUCAAGUACCGCACAAGCAAGUCGAAGGCUGGAUUGGUUCGCAGAUGUCAGGAAUGAUAACCGACAUAUUGAUCAGCCUUGACGAUAAGUACUUGUAUUUAUCCAACUGGCUUCACGGAGACGUUAGACAAUAUGAUAUUUCCGAUAUCAAGAAUCCAAAAUUAACAGGCCAAAUCUUCCUUGGCGGCUUGAUUCUGAAUGAUUCAAAGGUUCGCGUGGUUAAGGAUGAGGAAUUGACUGCACAGCCGAGUCCUGUUUAUGUCAAGGGACGUCGGCUCUAUGGUUCUCCGCAGAUGCUUCAACUGAGCCUUGAUGGAACACGCUUAUACGUGACCACUUCCAUUUUUAAACCAUGGGACAAACAAUUUUACCCUGAACAUGUCAAGAAUGGUUCGACGAUGGUCAAGCUGGACGUGGAUGUACAAAAUGGCGGUUUGAAACUUGACAAUCAAUUUUUGGUAGACUUUGGCGAAGAUAAGAAUGAUAUAUUGCUUGCACAUGAAAUGCGCUAUCCUGGAGGUGAUUGUACAUCCGAUAUAUGGUUACCCGAAGAUUAGUAGAUUCGUCUAAAUCAAUUUCCUCUGCAUUCUUCGAGAUAUCACUGAUUACGUGCCUGUUAUCCGAGGCAGAUACUCUUCUACUCAAUAUACGUAAAGAUUGGCAUAUUUUGUACAUAAUAUUACAAUUAAAGACUAUUUCUUCAGUCA